AUGGCUGACAAUGAUGAUGAUAAAGUAAUUCAAAUAGAAGAUGAUGAUGAAGAUAGCAGGAUAUCUGAUUUGGAUGGACAUCCUAUGGUUGUGAACCGUCAAGAUAACACUGAAGAAAACUUGUAUGGAGUAAUUGUGAAUAGUGAGGAGGAAGCAUACGAUCUCUAUUUCGAGUAUGGUGUUAGAAUAGGGUUCAGUAUUUGGAUUGACCAGAAGAGGAAAAUCAACAAUGUUGUGAGGCAAGUGAAUUAUUGUUGUUCAAAAGAAGGUUUUAAGCUAGACAGUGAUCCUUCAGAAGAGAACCAGACUUACAGGCUUGACACCAGAACCGGUUGCCCAACAAAAAUUCGAUUUGGAUUGCAAGAUAAUAAUUUAUGGAAAGUGACUUUCUUUGUUUCUGAACACAACCAUAGGCUUGCAACACCAGAAGAGAGACAAUUUUUGCGCUGUAAUCGAAAAGUUGCAGAAGCUCAUAAAGGGGUGAUUAGAUCAAUGAAAAGCGCAGGCAUGAGUACUGUUAAUACAUAUUCAUAUUUAUCAGAAGAAGUUGGGGGACCUCAAAACGUUGGAUUUACAAAGAUCGACUGCUAUAAUUUUGUAAGCAGGGAGAGAAUGAUCAUGCUUAAAGCAGGGGAUGCUCAAAGCUUGAUAAAUUUAUUCAAGGAAAAGCAAAUUGAAGAUCCAAUGUUUUUCUACACCGUGCAAGUGGAUCAAGAAAAUCGGAUGACAAACUUUUUCUGGAGAGAUGGAAAGUCGAAAACCGACUUUGAAUGCUUUGGCGACGUAGUAGUAUUUGAUACUACUUACAGAACCAAUAAAUAUAACAUGAUUUGUGCUCCUUUCGUUGGCGUUAACCACCAUUGGAAGAAUGUGUUGUUUGGGUGUGCGUUUUUGCUAGAUGAAACGACUGAUUCAUUUAUCUGGUUAUUUGAGACAUUCUUGCAAGCGAUGGAAGGUAAAAAGCCGAAGACUAUAUUCACUGAUCGAUGUCAAGCAAUGGCAAAUGCCAUCGAGAAGGUUUUUCCAGAUUCACGUCAUCGGUUAUGCUUGUGGCACAUAUCAAAGAAUGCGGUACAGAACUUAAAUUGCAUUCAUAAUCCUGAAUUUAGUGAGCUUUUCAAGAAGUUUCUUUUCGGACGUGUGACAGAAUAUGAAUUUGAGUCUACUUGGACUGAAAUAACAGAGAAGUUUGACCUUACAGAGAAAGAGAGCACAUGGCUCCAGACACUCUAUGAUAUUCGUGAAAAAUGGUGUGCGCUAUUUAGCAAGGAUACAUUUUCUGCCGAUAUACUAUCUACACAGAGAAGUGAGAGCACAGACAAUGUGUUUACGAACAUGUCUACUAAGACAAUGAGUCUUACUGAAUUUGUGGAUCAAUAUGACAAACAGGCAGAACAAAUGCGUUCAAGUGAAUUGGAAGAGACUUUUCGAUGCAAUAAUGGAAUACCUUCGAGGGCUGCAAAAAGUAGUGGAAUUAAGAAGCAAGCUGGUAUGGUCUACACCCGAAAAAUUUACAAUUUAUUUGAGUUUGAAUUUAUUGCUAGCUUAGCAGUGAAGAUGGAGGAAGUUGGAAAUGAUGGAACACUGCAAAAAUUUGAACUUAAUGAGGAGGGCCAUAAAAGAGUGUACAUUGUCCAAUUCAAUUCUUCGAAUAUGACCAUAUGUUGUAUUUGUCAGAUGUAUGAAUCUAAGGGUUGGUUAUGUCGUCAUGCUUUGAGGGUGCUAAAUGUGAAAAAUGUUACUCAAAUUCCAGCACAGUAUAUUCUGAAGAGAUGCACAAAAGAUGCAAAGAAAGGAGUAGAGGAAAACAAUGUAGAACUACAGGUCAAGGAGAAAUCCACUGUGACAUUGCGCAGGAAUUCUUUGAUGCGAAAAGCUUAUGGUAUAAUUAGUAAGGGAGUGCAAAAGCUGAUAGAAGCAUAA